UAAAAAAAAAAAAAAAACUUUUUGGAGCACCUCCCUGAAACAUUAAAAAAGCCACCGGGGCUGGCAGCCGGACACCUUUGGCGAACCGGGCAGCGCAGGCGGCGGCUGCUGCUGCUUCUGCUGCUGCUUGCAAAGAGCAAGAGAGCCUCGCCUGCCCUGCCGCCGCCGCCGCUUUCCCACGACCAUCGCCCGGGUUUUGCCUCGUCGCCUCCUCCUCCCGUUUGACGGAUCUUUUGCCGGCGCUUCAAGAAAAGAGCUCCCCGUCUUUGUCCGGAGCGAGGAUACCCUCUUUGAUUUCUGCCGACAGGAGGACAUUAUUAUCGGAUUGUAGAUUGUUCCACUUGAUUCGAAUUCCGGUUUGGGUUUGGUUUAGGAUUCGGGAUCGGUCCGGCGGAGAGGCGUCUGACGGCAUCGUUUCACACCAGACUCCGGCAGCGGCAGCAGCAGCGGCGCGGCGGCGGGAGCCGGCUGCUUCGCUGCUCGGUGGGUGCGUGCGUUUGGCCACGGGUUCAAAGCCCAGGUGAAUCGAAUGGACCACCAACCCACCCCCAGGAGCUGCAGCCGGGGACCCCCAGCCUGCGACACCGUCCAGAGUGACCCUCCUAUGAAUGUUUUCAUUCACACGACCACCGGGGCCCGGUAUGAGCUCUCUCUCCCCGUGGAAGAGACGGUGGAAGGUCUGAAGAGGAGGCUGUCUCAGAGGCUUAAAGUCCCCAAGGAGCGGCUGGCUCUCUUGCAUAAAGAAAGUCGUCUGAAUUCAGGCAAGCUGCAAGAUUUGGGGGUCGGAGAAGGGAGCAAGCUGACUUUGGUACCCACGGUGGAAGCUGGCUUGAUGUCUCAAGCAUCUAGGCCAGAACAGUCGGUGAUGCAAGCAUUAGAAAGUUUAACUGAAACUCAGGUAAACGACUUCCUGUCCGGGAGGUCACCCCUGACCCUUGCCCUGCGGGUGGGCGAUCACAUGAUGUUUGUCCAGCUGCAGCUGGCAGCUCAGCAGAACAGCGGGCAGCUCCAGCACCGCCACGUGAUUGCCAGCCGCGGAGAACAAGCUGGAGGCGCCACGGCCCCUACGCCGGUGUCGGCGGCUGGACCAGCUGCCUCCGGUUGCCGCACCCUUCCUGGGAGCACUCCCACCUCCUCCCCGACUUUUGCCCGGCUCCCCACGGCACCCGCUUGCCCACCAAGCCCUAUGCCCAGUCCUGCUGCUUCUCCAUCGCCAAUGCAGACUAUGCCUCUCUACUGUACCACCGCUAACCCGACCCCCGUCACGGCAGGGAUGUUCCAUUCACACGGGACCAGCGCACAGACGGUCAACGGAGGGGGGAGCGGCAGCGUCAUGUCUUCAUGUUCAGAGGUAGACUGCGCCUCAAGAAGUAAAAGUUCGCCCAGCAGCAGCCCCACUCAGGCCUCUCGGACCCGGAAACACGGCGCUGUGAUAGAAAGCUUUGUUAACCACGCCCCUGGGGUUUUUUCGGGAACGUUUUCUGGCACUUUGCACCCCAACUGCCAAGACAGCAGCGGCCGGCCGCGCCGAGACAUCGGCACCAUCCUGCAGAUCCUCAACGACCUCCUGAGUGCCACGCGGCACUACCAGGGCAUGCCCCAGUCGCUGACGCAGCUGCGGUGCCAGACGCAGUGCUCCUUGUCCACCCCUUCCCUGGAUCUCAACAACCACACUACCUCAGAAAGAACGGCAGCUGCUGCUAACCAGCCCUUGCACAUGGGGGUCCAGUGUCCGAGCCAAGCAGCCACCUGCAAGCCCACCGGCGACCGCUUGCGGCAGACGGAGAACCGUGCCACCCGCUGCAAAGUGGAACGCCUGCAGCUUUUGAUGCAGCAAAAAAGGCUGCGCCGGAAGGCAAGGCGGGACGCCCGAGCCCCUUACCACUGGCUGCCCAAUCGAAAAUCCGGCCGCACCAGCAGCAACAGCAGCGUUUCCAGCGAAGGCAGCCUUGAUCUGGACUUCGAAGAUUCGGUUUGGAAACCCGAAGUCAAAGCGGACAUGAAAUCGGAAUUUGUCGUAGCAUAAAAAAUAAUAAACCUUGGGUAGCGGAAAUGGCAUCUUUUGGGGUGGGAAGGGGUGGGGCAAGGGAGUGUUGGGGGAAAAAAAAAAGAACCGAAAGACCAUUUAGUAAUAAUAAUAAUAAUAAUAAUAAUAAUAAUAAUACAUUUUUUUGGUCCGUGAGAGCAAAGUUUUUGGGUGCUUGAUUCUAACACAAGACUGGAUUGCUGUGGAUUGCGUUGAGUGGACCUCGUCUUCAGCUGCACCGAAAUGGAUCAGCCCAGCCUUGGAACAGUAUUUUCUAUUUUCAAAAAAAAAACACUGUUCUGCUUUUAUUUUAAGAACUGAAACAGCUUGGGGGGCAAAGCAAGGCGAGCGAGAGACAAUUCGGAAAGCAAAAGAUGGCAAACACACUUCUUGGGGGGGGGGGCUUACUUUGAUUUCGGAGAGAGAAGAAACUUCAGUGGCUGCCUUAGAAAAAAAAAAUGUGUAGAGGGAAAAGCCGGACCGAUCAUGGAUUGAACGGAGAGAGCGAGAAGACUUUUAACCUUCUGACUUCCUAAUUUUACUUUUAUCAUUGGGGAUCGGAGGGCCAAAGAGGAAGGGGCGAACCCACCAACGGUUUGCGUGGGCUGAAAAGCUGCUUCCUCUCCACCCGAGCAUUGACAAAGGGGUGUGUGAUGUGUGUUUGAAACUAGAGGCAGGGUUGUCUCGGAAUGCUUCCUCCUCUUUUUUUUUUUUUAAAAAAAAUUAUUAUUAUUAUUUUUUAUUUGGGUGACUUUUGUGUAACGGGAAGCGCUGUGCAUUCUUCAGAUUAAGGGAGGGCCCCGAUGGAGGGUGGGUGGGUCGAAAAACAAAGAAAGAAAAGAAAUGAGGGUGUAUGCUUGUGUGUGUGUGUGUGUGUGUGUGUGUGUGUGUGUGUGUGUGUGUUUGCACACGUUUAUCUGUGCGUGUUUCUUUCCCUUCCUGGAUAUGUAGCAUUUCUGAAUUAUUCUUGACCUGUCCGAUCUCCCCUUAAGAGACCCCACUGCUCUCCCCUACUCACUUCCAAGGAUGUUUUCCGCCACGGGCAUUUUAAAAAGGUGUGAUUCGUGCGGGUAAGGGGGUGGGAAGAGGGGCUGGGAGACCCGAAACCCUCAAAUUUGGGGUGGGUGGGUCCUCAAACAAUAGAGGAGUGAGAGGGGAUAUGGAGUGGGGGACACAGGGUGAAGGAAUACUGUAUGCCCUCCAUUUGAGGGCUUUUCGUCUCUCUCCACUUUGUGAAUGCAAUGUGAAUGCAAGUUACUGCAGUUUUUUUUAUAUAAAAAAAAUCUGUGCAUUAAACUUAAAAGAGGGGAUCUUGCCUGGUUUUUUGUUUUUGUUUUUAAAGAACCAACGAAGUCUGUUACGAGCUAGGCAGAGGGGAGAGUAAGAUUUAAAACCUACCAUUCUGGGGCACCAUUGGACCAGCUAGAAAGGCGUUUUUUUUUUUAAUUUAAAAAAAAAAGUUUGUGCUAUUUCUGUUUUUUUGCCAACUGCACCCAAAAUCAACCCUAAUCUUUGGCCCCUUGGUUCUCCCUGUGGCAGAAUUCUCACCUGGUCCCCUUUUGUGUUUACCUCAUCCAUGUUGGGUAGCUGCUGAGGGGGUUUUCAAUGCCUCUAGUUUAGCCCCUAAAAAAAUGGCCGUCAUCCUUGAUCCUGCUUCCCAUACCCUCCAUGAAAAAACCCAGGCGCUCUGUCCGUUCUCAGAGGCCAUGUUGCCAAGGCAUAUAUACGCACGCGCAGGAGUCCAAACUACACCCUCUGGUUACAGAGACCAAGUCCUUGUUCUCAUCCCUUUUUUUUUUUAAAUUAGCUUUGUGGUUUUUUUUAAUUUUUUAAUUAAGGGACACAAAAGUAAUCUCUGGAAACUUAAAUGCUAGGGUGGUGGGUUUUGGGUUGUUUUUUUUAAUUUGCUGAUUGACGAUGAUCUGAGCCAGUAAUUUUUCAUAGGCAAUAGAAAAUUAGUUCUCAUUCUUCUUUGCAGACCUAGCAGCCACAAGUACUUUUGUGGAUAUAUGUGUGUGUGUUUGUGUGUGUGAUGCUUUGAGUUUCAAAGAAAAGACCGUGUGGAGAAUAACUUGGGAUCAUCCAUAGAUCCAACUUUUGAAAUAUAAAGAUUUAAUCUGCCAAGUCCCAUCUGUUAUGAAAACCUAACAAGGAGGAUCCCUGGCUAAGCGUCUCUAGGUCAUGACGUGAAUUUAUAUGUUCAUAAAAAUACCGCAGCUCUCCCUGAAAAUGAGGCCAGAGGUCGUAAUGGUGACUCAUAGCUGGAUCUUUGACGAAUCAUUUUUAACAACUACAUUUCCCAUGAAUUUCUUUCUAGGUUCCCCAACCUACAAUAAACUUAGAUUUAUGAGAAGAGAAGGUCACAAUAAGUUUGUUAGGUCUUUCUAAGAGCAAAUAGGCAAUUCCUGACUUGCCUUGUGACCGAAGUGGUUGGGUGACUUAUCCCCUCUUAAAAUGCUGGAUUGCAUUUUUCACAAUGGACCAGGGAUGAAGCUAGAACAAGUUCUCCCAUCGCCUCUUCCUUUAAACAUCUGAGCCAUUUUUGGUCCAUCCAUCCAGGCUGUUUUGGCUACUUGAAAAGGUCAAAAGCUGGAAAGUGCUCCCUUUUUUUCUUCUUCUUCAGCCUUCUGUUUCAUUUUGAGUUUUCAUUAAAGUUGUUCAAGUGGAUUUUUGCAGACAUUAAAACACCAGAAAACCAUAACUGGGGGGAAAAAAAAUAACAGGCAGGGUUCCCUUUCCUUUUAUCAUUUUUCUCUUGCUUAUCCACCAUUCCCAUCUCUUCAUGCCAGGGGACUCCAAUCUUGGCCAUUUUGAGACUUGUGGACUUCAACUCCCAGAAUUUUAAGACUUGUGGACUUCAACUCUGGCAGCACAAGUCUUAAAAUGGCCAAGGUUGGAGACUCCUGUUUUAUGCAAACCUUUUCCAUAGUUCAGGUAACCAGAGAAAUGUUGGGAUGGGUAGAGAAACUUCUCCAUCCAUAGCUAGCUUCAUCCUCAGCCUAGAAGUUUGUAACACUACUAAGUACCCAAUGUUAAUUCCCCUUUUUUAAAAAAGGGGGUAAUCAAAACAAGAAUAAAUUUCUGAAGCAAAUGCCUUUAAAAAAAAAAGUUUUUCCUAUCAAUUGCUCCACUAUCUUCCCUCUCGUCUCUUCUCUUUUCGUUUGUGCCAAAUUUGCACCUGCUCUUGAAAUGAUCAUUUUUUUUCAGUGGUUGGUGCCUUAAAGCGCAAGACCAAGAGAGGCAUUCUCAAAAACAAAACAAAAGGGGGGGGUGUCCUCUUGGGAAGUUGAAGCUGGGAUAUUCUCAGUUUUCCCCUUUUGGGAGGGGAAAAAUGCACACAACUUUUUUGCAGCUCAGUGAAAAUAUUCUUGCCUGUUCGAACUACGUGCCGUUCUGUUCUGUGUCCGUUAACGUUUCGGUUUCCUCCCAUCUUGUCAACUCUGUGGAGAUUUGUGAUUAGCAACUAGUCAACUCUUCUGGCUAUCUAAGAAGUUUAUAAACAGUUUAAUUAAACUUGGUUUUCAGUUCACCACUCAACGUCAUGGGGGGGAAGGAAAUAGGGUCUCUAAGAGGGGCGGGGGAGGCAAACUUUGCAUUUUGAGUUUGGCUACAAUUUUGCAGCAUUUCAUGGUUAGAAGUCAGGUUGAAGGCGUGGCCUUUUCUCCUUUGCAGGUUAAUGACAGUUCCAGAAAGUUCUUAAAAGGAAAACUUGUUAAGAGCGGGGGUCUUCAACCUUGGUCCCUUUAAGACUUGUGGACUUCAACUCCCAGAGUUCCUCAGCCAGCUUUGCUGGGAGUUGAAGUCCACAAGUCUUAAAAGGGACCAAGGUUGGAGACUCCUGCAGUAGAGAAUGGAAAAUCACUUGGCAUUCUCCAGAUGUGUUGGCCAGCUGCUCCAAUGAGGUGCAGCAACACAUCUGGAUAGCUCCAACACAUUUGGAUGGAUUGCAGAAGUGUUGGGGGAGCGCUCAUCCAAAUAAGGUUUUGAAACAAAUUUUGGGGUGUGUGCGUGAUGUCAGGUUGUUGCUUCCAAAUGAUUCCAUUUAUAUUUCUCUCCUGUUGGUCGCCCCAACCUUGUGUUUAGCAAAAGGUCCAGGGUAACCCCUUCAUCUCAUGUUUUGCUUGUAUUUUAUGACAAUUGCACAGCUAUUCACCUUCCCCACCCUCUGCGGCCACCAAAAAUUUGCAUCCCUUUCUGGAACUUUCUUGCCAACUAAGGGAAGUGGGCAACCACUCCCCCUCUGGUUAAAUUGUGUCAUUACACUUUUUUUUUCUUUCCCCUAGAUGUGAAAUUUCCUUUGUAUGUGAUGCUGUAGUGGGAUUUUUUUUUUAAAAAAAAGGUUUUUAAAAUGUUUUUUUUUAAAGUGUGUAUUUAAAUGUACUACUUUUUGUAUGGUGUGUGAGUGUAUAUUUCCUUACUUCUUGCCCCUCCCUAAUUCAUCCAUUUUUUUUCCCACUUGUCACCUGGAGGGAUCAACUGUUUAGGUAACAGCAAAAAUGAAUCCCAGAAGCAUUAUUUAAAAAAAAAAAUUAAAGAUCCUCCUGUAUGUGUGAUUUGAAAGAAUGUUGGGGGGGCGCAAGGGGAAAACGCAUAGACUUGUUUUAUCACCUCAUUUAAGUUACCUGUAUUAAAAAAAAAAACUUUUAAAAUGGUUUAAAAAAUAAUAAACACAAAAUAAAGA